AUGAAGUCUGCCCAGAUCGCUCUCCUGUCUCUUGUGGGCGUGGCCUCGGCCCGUUACAUCCCUCGUGCCGACACCAGCUGCGUGCUGACCAGCACUCUGCCGGCCAUCACCGUCACCCGCUGCGAGGAGACCACCUCGGUGCUGACUGAGUGUCCCGAGCCAACCCCGUCUACCACGUACAUCUACACAACCGAGUACGAGAAUCUAUGCUCUACCGGUGUUGAGACCAAGACCUACACCAUCACCAAGACCUGUGACGCCGCGCCCUGCACUUGCACUGCUGGCGAGGUGCCUUCCGACUUUACCGUUACCGUCACCACCUGCACAACUUGUGGCGCUGAGCCUGUCACUACCACCACUACCACGGUUGCCAGCUCUGGUAUGAAGACAGCGGCAUCUCUCAGCGCCGGCUUGGUCUUUUUUGUGGCUGGUAUUUUCUGGCUAUAA